AUAUAUAUAUAUAUGCGCGCACGAACUUUCAUACACAGAUCCAUUCUUCUUUCUUCAAUUUCCGAAAAAGAGAGACCAAUUAACACUCCUCUGUGUUACAGAGAGAAAUAGAGAUUGUCUGAGCUCUCUCGCUUUUUUGUAUUUCUUUUCUUUUCUUUUCCCUCAUUUUCUUGCUCGCCAGGAAAGGAAAAUGGAACGAAGCACCUCCGUGAGGAAGCCUCACACUUCCACUGCAGAUCUGCUCACCUGGCCGGAAAAUCCUGCCUUCGGUUCGCCUGCCCCCGGCUCUUCCGCUCCCGGUGCUCUCUCCGCCGCCCGCUCCCACCAGCCGUCCGAUGGGAUCAGUAAGGUGGUGUUUGGAGGUCAGGUGACGGAUGAAGAGGCCGAGAGUUUGUUGAAAAGGAAGCCUUGUUCAGGUUAUAAGUUAAAGGAGAUGACAGGUAGUGGUAUUUUUGCUGAUGAAGAAAAUGGUACGCUAGAAGUCAGUGGUGUCACUCCAACUUCAAGUAGCAAAACAGGACUGCGUAUGUACCAGCAAGCGGUUGCUGGGAUCAGUCACAUCUCAUUUGGUGCUGAAGAGAGUGUUUCUCCCAAGAAGCCCACUACUCUGCCUGAGGUAGCAAAGCAGCGUGAGUUGAGUGGGACACUGGAAAGUGAGUCAGAGGCAAGGAUUAAGAAGCAAUUUUCUGAUGCUAAGUGCAAGGAGCUCAGUGGACAUGACAUCUUUGCACCGCCUCCUGAAAUUCUACCGCGGCCAUUGCCUGCAUGUUCAUUGCAUUUGAAUGACAGCCAAGAGUUGGGAGAACCUGCACCUCGCAAUGUUCGUACAUCUGUAAAAGUUUCUAAUCCUGCUGGAGGUCAGAGCAGUAUUGUGUCUAAUGAAGAAGCUGCAACAAAAACUGCAAAGAAGAUUUAUGACAAGAAAUUUGCUGAGUUGACAGGAAAUGACAUUUUUAAAGGAGAUGUUGCUCCCACAUCUGCUGAAAAGCCACUGAGCAUUGCGAAGCUGCGGGAGAUGAGUGGCAGCAACAUAUUUGCUGAUGGGAAAGCAGAGUCUCGAGAUUACUUGGGUGGAGUUCGCAAACCUCCUGGUGGUGUGAGCAGCAUUGCUCUGGUUUAAUAAUAUAUGCUAGGUCUAACUCAGUUAAUCUACAUGGUAUCUGGUUUUGUUUUUCUGGUAGUUGGGGUUAUGGUUUUUGGAUGAUUUAACCUUGCAUUGUUGGAUUUAGCAAAUAUGCCUAGGUUUUAACAUGUCCUACCAAAAUUGUGUAGUGUUUGGCCACUUGGGUUGUGUUUCCAUAAUCUUGUGUGUUCAGGACAUUAUUUGAUUAAUGAUUCAUUGGGUUCAGUUU